GGCUGUGAGCCCUGUGGAGUGUGGUCAUGACCAGCCAGGGCAGCAACAGUAGCAGGAAGGACAGCCAUGCUGCUGACAGUACCCCCUCCUCCUCCACGCUCCCCCGCCCGCCCCCAGGCCCCAAGCUGCAGGUGCAGCGCUCUCUCUCCCGGGACACCAUCACCAUCCACUUCUCCGCCCUGGGACAAGAGGAGGACGAGGAGCUGUAUGGGUUUGGGGCGUCUGUGUCAUCAUCCUCCCCAGGAGAGGAGUCAGAAGGGCUGGGUGGGAUGGGGGUGAGGACUGAGGACCAGGGCAUCGUGACGGCCUUGGAAGCCAGCGAGGGUCUACUGUUUGAGGCUGGAGGGAUUGGGACCACCACUACCAUUGAUGUGUCCUCUACUACUCUACCCCACAGCCCAGCACUGCCCAUCCUCCUCCACGCACACCCCCUCCAGUCCCCCCGCUUGCUCCUCCUGGCCCUCUGA